AUGACACAUCCUUUCCAUAUUCCUUCUGUGUUCUCGGCUGGUGAGAAAAGUAAUGGGAUGAUUGUUGAUAAUCUCAACUCUUCCACCAGAAACUGCUAUCCAGUCCCUUCUCCUUUCAGAUUGGCAAGCAGUUAUUCGUGGCUGCCAUUUCAUCCGAGUGAAACAAGAAGUCCUAAGAGGCUAAAGCAGGCACAGAGUGGUGAUGAAACGAUUGGAAGUAAUAGUAAUAAUAGUGGUUAUAGCUUUCUGGGUACUAAUAAUAGCUGGGAUAGACUGCAAUUUCGGGAUCACAUAUGGACUUACAAUCAAAGAUACUUAGCAAUUCAGGCCAUGGAGGAAGCGACUACGGUGAUGAUGGAAGGUGGCCAAGAGCACGAGGUCAAGGAAGAUGGAAAUGGUGAUGAGGUGAAACUCGUCCAUCAACUCCUUGCUUGUGCUGAAGCUGUGGCUUGUCGUGACAAAGCACAUGCUUCUACACUACUAUCCGAGCUAAGAGCUAAUGCCCUUGUCUUCGGGACUUCAUUCCAGCGAGUUGCUUCCUGCUUUGUCCAGGGUCUUUCUGACCGGCUCGCACUGGUUCAACCCCUCGGAGCUGUCGGAGUUAUAGGCCCCUCGGCAAAAACAAUGGCUGCUACUUCGGAGAAGGAUGAGGCCUUACACCUUGUUUAUGAGAUUUGUCCACAAAUACAAUUCGGUCACUUUGUAGCCAAUGCAUUGAUAAUGGAAGCCUUUGAGGGGGAGGGCUUUGUUCAUGUGGUUGACUUGGGUAUGAGCCUAGGCUUGCCCCAAGGUCACCAAUGGCGGAGGCUGAUAGAAAGCCUAGCCAACCGUGCCGGCAAACCAAUUAGCCGCCUUAGAAUAACUGGUGUCGGAGACUGUGCUGAACGCCUCCAAGCAAUCGGGUACGAAUUAGAGCUCUAUGCCAGGAGCUUGGGAUUGAACUUUGAAUUUUUAGUGCUGGAAAGCAACUUGGAAAACCUGAAAACUGAACAUUUCAAAAUCCUUGAUGGGGAGAUUAUUGUCAUCAAUAGCAUCCUGCAGUUGCAUCGUGUAGUGAAAGAGAGCCGUGGAGCUUUGAAUUCAGUUUUACAGACAUUACACGAGCUGUCACCAAAGCUCCUAGUGCUAGUUGAGCAAGAAUCAAGCCAUAAUGGGCCAUUCUUUCUAGGUAGAUUCAUGGAGGCAUUGCAUUACUACUCAGCCAUCUUUGAUUCCUUAGAUACAAUGCUGCCCAAAUAUGACACAAGGCGAGCAAAGAUGGAGCAGUUCUUUUUUGCUGAAGAGAUAAAGAACAUAGUAAGCUGCGAGGGACCGGCCAGGGUGGAGCGACAUGAAAAGAUCGACCAAUGGCGGCGGAGGAUGAGCCGGGCUGGCUUCCAGGCGAUGCCUGUUAAGAUGAUAUCGCAGACCAAACAAUGGCUAGGAAAGAUUAAUGCCUGUGAGGGUUACACAAUUAUGGAGGAGAAGGGCUGCUUGGUUCUUGGGUGGAAGUCAAAGCCUAUCAUUGCAGCUUCUUGCUGGAGAUGGUCCUAA